AGCAUACGCACACCGUGCGCGGGACAUAGUGUGUCGAGUCACUUGUAUACAAAAUACGAUAUUAUGUACAACUGAACACUACGCUGCCGAGAAGCCCGCGAAAUAUAAUAUUAUUAUUAUUAUGUAUUAGCUUUGCUCUACAGAAAUCAUUUGAAAUCGAUCUCGAUAUCAAAAUCACAUCGAUCCGCAUCGAUCCGCAUCGAUCUACAUCAUUUUUGUGUUUUUCGUGGUCGUGGAUGGCAGUCACGCCGUCACGGAACUGUUAUAACUAGUAAUAUAGAUUCGUGAUAAUAUUACCACCGAUCUACAUAUUAUAUAAGUGUAAACAGUGUAAUUUAUAUUUCUCACCUACGACGCCGCCGAUCAACGUAUAUACAAUAUACAACAGCACUCUCAUCCGUCGUCACGUCGUAGCCGAGACCAGUGUUCAUACUACAGUAACAUUUUGUUGGUUGAAAACGUUCAUCCAAAAUGAGGCUGAUUACCUAUAGACUGGCCAAAAAUCUGGAGAAAAUGGUUGAUUUCUACUCGCAGUUCAAUCCAUCAUCAUUAUCCAUUAAACAGUUCAUUGACUUUGGCUUAAAGGCAAAUGAACAAAAAUCAUAUCAAUUUUUAAAGAAAGAACUUCCGGUUCGUUUGGCAAAUAUUAUGAAAGAAAUUCACUUGCUACCGGAUAAUCUGUUGAAAAUGCCAUCUGUAAAUUUAGUCAAUAACUGGUACACACAAUCUUUCAAUGAAAUGAUUGAAUUUGAAGUUGACGAUGGAUGUACAGAACAAACUUUAGAUAAAUUUUGUAAAAUAUUAGUAAAAAUUCGUAAUCGCCAUUCAGAUGUUGUCCAAACAAUGGCCCAAGGGGUCUUAGAGCUGAAAGAUUCACAUGAAAUCGAUUUGCAUACUGAGAACAGUAUUCAAUAUUUUCUUGAUCGUUUUUAUAUGUCUCGAAUUGGUAUUCGUAUGCUUAUUAACCAGCAUACAUUGUUAUUUGGUGACCAUAUAAACAGCAAUAACCAUCAUCAACAUAUUGGAUGUAUUGAUCCAUAUUGUGAUGUGAUAAGUGUUGUGAAAGAUGCAUACGAGAAUGCUAGAUUUUUGUGUGACCAAUAUUAUUUGACCUCACCCGAAUUAGAAAUCUGUAAAAGUAUUGAUGCUGAUGAUGAGCCAAUAAAAAUUGUUUAUGUGCCAUCACAUUUGUAUCAUAUCCUCUUUGAAUUAUUCAAAAAUUCAAUGAGAGCUAUUGUUGAGCAUCAUAAGACUGAUAUUUUGCCACCGUUACAAGUAACAAUUGUAAAAGGAAAAGAAGAUGUCUGUGUUAAAGUGUCUGAUCAAGGUGGUGGCAUUCCAAGGAGCUUGAGCGAACGCAUGUUUCACUACAUGUAUUCAACUGCACCACAACCUUCAAAAUCAGACGCACAUACAGUGCCAUUAGCAGGGUAUGGUUAUGGACUUCCUAUAUCUAGACUUUACGCAAGAUAUUUGCACGGAGAUUUAGUUUUGUUAUCUUGUGAUGGAUUUGGUACUGAAGCCAUUAUUUACUUGAAAGCUUUAUCAAAUGAAGCUAAUGAGUUGUUGCCAAUUUAUAAUAAGAUGUCAACCCGGUUCUAUAAAACAACUGAUCAUACUAUAGACUGGAGAAGUACAUGCAAUCAUACACCGAUCAGUCAGCAGCAGUUUACACAAACACAAUAAGUACAAACUGACCAUUUGAAGCUGUUUAGUCGCCAUUUAUAUUUAAAGAUAAUACAAUAAUGGAAUUUUUUUUUAAUUUAUUUUAGUUUUUAAUUUUUUAGAUAUUAGAAAUUGUUCAUAAUUGGUAAAAAAAAGGAAUGUUUUUUGAACAUAAUUCCUUUACUCUCAUUAUAUUUUUGUAUUAGCUCAUUUAGUAAAUAUAUUAUUGAGAGACUCAAGGUUAAUUUUCAUGGAUAUGGAAAAUUUGAAUUAAUUAUAUAAAUGGAACUUUUAGUUAUAUUAUUUUUUAUUAAUUUUGCAAUUUAUGAAUACAUUCUGAUUGUCUGUUUAAAAUUUUAAACUUUUAAAUUUUGGUAAUCACAUUAAUUUUAUAAUUGAAAUAAAAACAUUGUUAGAGAGUUAAGCUCAUGAUCAUUAGAAAGUAAUUACAAAAACACACAGAGAGUUAUUUGACUUCCAUAGAUUUAAUAUAUUAAAAUAUGUAUUCUAGUUUUCUGUUUUAAAUAAUUCAUAUUUAUGAAAUUUGUUAUUUAACAAUUGAAUUAAUCUGUUCUUUUAUACUUUUACACUAACCUUAUUUUAAUUUUAAAAAAGUUGUCUACUUUAAUCUUAAUCAUAUUAUGUUGGUUAUUUUGAUUUCUGUAAAUUUCAUUGAAAUUUUUCGUUGUAUACCUCAGUUUUUUUUUAUAAACCAACCUUCUUACCUUUUUAUAAUUUAUUGUUUGAUCAACUUUCAAUAAAACUAAAGCAGUUCAAUUUUUAAUUAUAAAAAAUAAAAACAGAAAUUUCCUUAACAAUCUAAUAAUGGUUGAAGUUUUGUAAUAACCCAUUCUAAUGAUUUCAUGUUCAUGCUGUAUAUUGUGUAUGAAAUUAAAAAUUGUUAUCCAAUCAAAUAGACUAGGUAUUUAAUUUUUGUAAAUGAAUACCUACCAUUAUCAGGAUUUUAAUUUUAAUUUAUAUUAUUAUUAUUUUUUUUUUUUCAAAAGUAUACAAUCAAAUUAUUAAUAUUGUUUAAGAAAAUUGCCAAAGUUAGCCUUAUUCUCUAACUAGCUAUUAUGAUUAUCUUCAGUUAAUAAUAAAAUUAGAGUCUCAAUGAAUCACAUUUAUACUUGAUAUUUAUUUUUAUUGUAAUUUCAUGGAUGAGACUAAUAAUUUAAUUAGGUAUGCAGUUGUAUAUGUAAUAACAAUAAUAUUAAAUUGUGUUAUAUAAUUUUUUUAAUAACAGUUUAUAUAACUGCUUAAGAAAGUUUGUUAAUUUUUUUUUUAUUUAACUGCAUUUAGUUGAUAUUAAUUUGGUUUAUAUUUCAGAUAUACUUUUAAAUAAUUUGGUUCUGUAUGUAUGAAAAAUAAUAUUUUUUAAGUGUAUAAUGCAAUUUAGUGUUUGAUACUGUUUUAUAAAAAAAAAAAACAAAAGAAAACAAUAUUGUAUAACAAACUAAAGCAAGUAAUGUGAAUAAAACAAUUAUUAUAGUAAAAAAUCCCACCGUUUGAUUGUAAAAAACUUGGUGUUUCUAUAUCAUAUUAUAAAAAUAUCAAAAAGUUAAA